AUGGUGUCCGACCACUGCGCCGGGUCCACGACCGCGAGUUGUACCCAUUUUGUUAAAUUGUUGAACGCGUCGAUCACGGCGGGAGCGCGUGCCGCCUCGUUGCGGAGAAGAAAUCUUCUGCAACUGCUUCUCAAUUUCCCAAGGGUUCAUACCCUCGAACCAGGGGCGCCACGUGCUGACGUCCAUGGGGUCAAAUCCCUGCCGACCGCUGGCGACGCUGGCCUCCUCAUCGUCCAAGAACCGUAUGCGCGAUUUCUGUGCCGGAUACCCGUGCUCUCCCAAACCCUCAUCCAAGAGUUGUGCGCGCAGCAGGCGAGCAUGGCGCAGCAUCAGGGGACUCUGGAAUUCAAGUCGACAUCCUAUGCGGACACAACUGCCCGAAAUACCGAUGAGCUACGCACUUUUCGAGACGCUCUCUUGAAGCUGCAGGCUAAACCUACCUCCUUCCCCCCACCCAUGGAGCAUGCGUGGGAGGCACCGCGGGAUCUGAGCCAAUCCGCCGCCCAAACGUGUAAUUUCCUCCAUCAAGUGAGCGGUCAUCUCACCGCCGCCCUCAGCCCCUCCGGCUGUCACCUUCGUGGACAAGUCGCGAAGAACCCCUUCCAGGUUCUUUGCCUGCGUGUUCGCGGCCUCGAGCGCAUCGACACGCGCUAA